AUGAGUGAUAAAAAAGAAAAUGCAGUUAAUUUAAAAUAACCGCUUAUUUCGAGCCAUAAUAAUUUGGAUCAAAAUAUGGUGUAAAAAAAUCUAAGUAUAAAUGAUGAUGAAGAAAGGAAAUCUAAUAGUAUUGCUUAACAUGAUAAUCAAAACGUAUAAAAUAUUGUAAAUGAGUUACAGUAAUACAAUAAUCAAGGUUCUUCAAUUGGAAAUUAAAGUGAUCGCAAGUCAAGCAAAGAUGAACAAGAGUUAUAAAGAUUACGUUCCCAAUCCCUAGCUACAAAGCCCAGAAAAUCAGUUUAUCAAGCUCUUAAAGAAAAAUUAACUGAUGUUAAAGAUGUAAAUUGGGAAGAAAAUACUGAUGGCAGAUCAAUCUUUGUAGGCGAAGAAGUUAUUUUAUAUCCCAACAACAAGAUUAAGACAUCUAGAUAUAAUAUUAUCUCCUUUUUACCUCUAAAUAUGUUUGAGCAAUUUUCCAAAGUCUCAAAUAUUUAUUUCUUGCUUAUGGGUUUACUUUAAAUGGUUAAGCCAAUCUCUAACUCAGAAUAACUACCAACAGUUUAUAUUCCUUUACUUUUCAUCGUAUUUGUUGCAGCCCUUAAAGAUAUACUUGAAGAUCUUAAAAGACAUUCCUCUGACAAAGACGAAAACCAUUACAUGACUCAUAAGGCUGUUAAAAUUCAAGAUGCAUCUUUCCGUCAAUCAUCGAGAUUAACUCUUGGCGGAUCAGGUAAAUUCUAAGAUACCUAUAGCGAGAAUCUUAAAGUAGGCAACCUAAUAAAAGUGCGUUAAAAUGAAUAAAUACCAGCUGAUAUAAUUGUCUUGCGCUGCUCAGAUCCCAAAGGCAGCUGUUUUGUUGAAACAAAAAAUUUAGAUGGUGAAACUAAUCUCAAGCCUAAAUUUAUUACUAAAGACAUUCUUAACAACAUCUAUCCAGAUGACAGAUCUCUUCUCAAUAAGAAAGUUAAAAUUAAUUAUGAAAGCCCAAAUCCACUUUUAUACAAAUUUAAUGGAAACAUUUCAGUUGUUGAUGAACAAACUGAUAGACCUAUUGGAAAUUAAGUUAGUCUUGAUGAAAAAAAUAUUAUGCUUAGAGGCUGUGUCUUGAGAAAUACCAAAUGGAUUUAUGGUAUAGUUAUCUACACAGGUCACGAAACAAAAAUCAUGCUCAACGCUCACACCCCAGAUAUUAAAUAAAGUAGUGUCGAAAAAAAAAUGAGCAGGUACAUUCUAGUAGUAUGUAUCAUCCAAUUCUUCUUAUGUCUUUUCGGAGCAGUAUAUUACAUCAUAUGGUACUCAUUCCAAAAAGACAAUUUAGUUUAUUUGGAUAUAACAUCAGAUGAUUUUGAAGAAACUCCUAUUCUAAGUUUAGUUGUUACAAGUGGUAUUUGGUUAAUGUCUAUUUUAAAUAUGGUACCUAUUGCUUUAUUGGUAACACUUGAAAUGGUUCGUUUUAUGCAAGCUAUUGUCAUUUCUAAAGAAAAAUUAAUGAAAAGUUAUAAUGGGUUUGAGCCAACUGUUCAAUCUUCUAAUCUUAAUGAAGAUUUAGGUUAAAUCUAGUGCAUUUUUUCUGACAAAACAGGUACCUUAACUUGCAACAUCAUGAACUUUAAAUGUCUUUUUGUUAAUGGAAUUUCAUAUGGUAGUAUGCAAGAUCGUCACCAUAAAAAAGAAGAAAUAGUUGAAUAAAAGAAAAUACCCAAUGUAAAUUUCCAUGAUCCCGCUUUCUACUCUAUAAUCGAAGAUCCAAGUGAAGAUUAAUAUGAUUAGAUUAAUUUUGCUUUACUCCAUCUAUCACUUUGCCACUCAGUUAUUAUUAGCGAAAAAGAAUAAGAUACCCAAGAUGCCAAAAGACUAUCUUAAAUGAUUUCAGAUACAAUUUAAAAGAGAACCUCAAACUAAGAUAGCUAAAUUUAACAAGAUACACCCUAAAAGGAAUAUGAAUAUUAAGCAGCUUCUCCUGAUGAUUUAGCUUUAGUAAACUUUGCUAAAUAUAGUGGAUUUGAAUAUAUGGGUUCUGAUGCCUAAGAUGUAAUAACUAUCAACAACCAUUAAAAGAAAUAUUAUAUGCCUCACUAAAUGUUUACCCAAGAAGAUAUUUAAAAAACCUAAACCUUAAAAUUCUAAACCUACCAUGUCUUGGAAUUCACCAGUGACCGUAAAAGAAUGUCUAUUAUACUUAAAGAUCUUUAGACAAAUAAAAUCAUGAUUCUUACUAAAGGUGCUGACUCGAUUGUUCUUAAAAGAGUGAAUAAGUAAAUCUAUAGUGAAACAUAAUCAGGACUCGAAUUUGUCCAAUAACUAUAGUAUAGCCUUGAUGAAUAUGCUAAAAUUGGAUUAAGAACUUUGCUUCUAGCUCAAAGAGAAUUAACACAAUAAGAAUUUGAUAAUUGGGAUGCUCGUUAUAAAUAAGCCUCUUCUUCUCUCUAAAACAGAGAAGAAAGAAUGAAUACCCUAAUGGAUGAAAUAGAAUAAAAUCUUGAAAUAGUAGGUGCAACUGCUAUUGAAGAUAAACUAUAGGAUGAUGUAGAAGGAACUAUUUCUUGUCUAAAAGAAGCAGGAAUCUUAUUUUGGAUAUUGACAGGAGAUAAAAAAGAAACAGCCAUCAAUAUUGGUUUAUCAACUAAAGUUUUAGAAACUACUGAUAAAGUUAUAUGCAUAGAUAAUUAGGAUACCCCACUUUUAAAAUAAAUGGAGGAUAUGCUUUUAGAAGUUUCCUCGAAUAAGAAAUAAACAUAUUGCUUAGUUGUUACUGGAGAAAUGCUAACAAUUAUAUUGGAAGAAAAGGAAUUAUCAAGUAAAUUAAUUAGUAUUGGUUCAAAAUGCAAGAGUGUUAUUGCUUGUAGAGUUUCUCCAAAGUAAAAAAAGGAAAUAGUAACUAUUUAUAGAAAAUCAGAGGAAGGAUUUGGUAAAAGAACUCUCGCCAUUGGUGAUGGUGCAAAUGAUGUAAAUAUGAUUACUGAAGCUCAUGUCGGUAUAGGUAUUAAAGGUUUAGAAGGUAUGCAAGCUGCUCGUUCUAGUGACUAUGCUAUCGGUGAGUUCAAGAUUCUAAGAAGAUUGUUGCUCUAUCAUGGAAGAGAGUGUUAUCGUAGAAACUCUAUAGUUAUCCUUUACAAUUUAUACAAAAACACCAUGUAUCUGUGUCCUCUCAUCUUUUUUGGUUUUAAUUCAGGAUUUUCUGGAUCAAAUUUAUAUGAUAUUUAUAUCUAUUAAAUGUAUAAUGCUAUGUUUACAGCCUUCCCUAUUAUUCUUUUCGCAGUUUUAGACAGAAACUUAUCUUCAAAAGUAUUGGUUAAAUCUCCUCAUUUGUAUAAGACUGGUAUUGAAGGAGUAUUCCUCAAUUACAAAGAAUUCCUUCUUUGGUUCGGUCAAGGAUUGUCACAUGCAGCUAUCAUUUACUACUUUGUGAUGUACUCUUUAGAUUCCGUUUUGGAUUUGUAUCAUAUAGCUGAUUUAGUUUAGAUUGGUUAAGUAAUUUUCAUGUUGACCAUAUUUGUAGCUAACUUCAAAGUGAUCAUUCACCAAAAUACAAGUUUUUCCGUAGGAUAUAUUAUCUAAUUCUUAAGUUUCUUAGUUUAUUUCUUGCUUGAAAUAUUCGCAAACUACUAUCUUAAUUACGACCUUUAUAAUAUUCUAACUAGAAUCUUCAGCUAACCUUAUUUCUAUUUGGUAUUUAUUUUAGUUAUGGGUGCUACAGUCUUUUUAGAUUAUUCUUUAGUUAUUUAUAAAGACUUUAUGUACUUUAUGAAACUUGCUGACGAGUAUAGAGAAAGAUAUUAAAAAGAAGGAGAUAAGGCUAAAUUGCGUGAUAAGACCUUUAAGCCUUUGUAUGAAGAUAACGUUAAUGUUUAUUAAAUUCGUAAGACUUUAAAGGGUGACUACCCAGAUGAUACAGUAGAAUCUGAAAACGAGUCUUCAGAAGAUGAAAGCCCACAAUAAGAAAAAAAAAUUAGCAGUAAUAGAUUCAAAAAAGAAAAGCCUCUAAACUUAAACGGUGGUGCUUAAAAUAAGGAAAUAAAUGUUUGA